AUGUCAAUGCUGCCGACGAAACAAACGAUGAAGAAGAAAGCAACCUUUCUGAACCUGACCCUGAACCAAGCCAAAGAUCUCCAAAAGACGCUAAAAAGAAGAAAGACAAGAGGGAGAACAGACGCGGAACCACCUCUUACAAAAAAUACGAACCACAGGACCAGAAAAGAAAUCAGAGCCGAAAACAGUGAAACACUGUCGGAAGAAAGAAUAAUAGAACAAUCAGAGGAGGCUCUAACAACCCUGAAAAGGCAUUCCCAAAUAGGAACAUGCCCAAAGACAUUACAAUACAAAGCACGGGCACGCGUAAGGGCAGAUGAAGCCUUUAAAACAGACAUUAAAAGGAUAAGAAAAACAACAGAACAAGAGGUGGUGAAUGCCCUAAUCAGGUACCAUGAAAGGAGAAUAGCUGAAAGCAAAAAAUCAGUCAAGCGGCAAAAGAGACCGACAGGAACUGUAAACAAGAAAUCAACGGACAAUAAGAACACUCAUGAGCAAAAUGUAAAAGAGAUAGCUGAAACUUCUUUAAAAAGUUCAACGAGUUUAAAAACCUCAUGAACACAAUGUCAUAAAAGUGGUGAAAAGUAUGUCUGUCUACUUACUAAGUCCAACUUACAUAACAAGGGUGUACAGGAAAACAACAAACUGUCAAAAUAGGGCAGUAAAAAGCGUAAAGAACGCAAAACCUCAAAAACACAAGCUUAUAAAAGAACACAACUAGAAAGAAACAGGGGGUACAUAAAGAACUUAUCCAGUCAAAACCUCACAGACCACGAAAUAAAUUUACUCUCUAAAGGGUUAAAAUUCAUACCCACACCAUUAACAAAAGAACAACAUAUCAGGCGUCAACUUCUUCAGGAUUUUGAGCAAUUUGCUAGAAGAAUGCGCCUGAAAUAUAUCUUUCAUGGGCAAAAUAACAAACCACAUCCUUAUCAUGUAAAAUCAAACUGGAUACCACAAGUUCAACCCUCGGUUGCACUCGAAAGUUAUCUUGAAGAGGUUAAAUUACAACUGGUAGAAAUUAAACUGUCACAGCCAAGAAACAAUCUGUCAUCAAGAGAACGAGAAGUACUACAAUCUUUAAAAAGAAACAAAGAUCUUAAUGUGAAAAAAGCAGACAAAGGUUCCUGUGUCGUUAUUAUGGACACAGAGAACAAAAUAAACGAAGGUCAAACGCUACUUGACAACUCGAAACACUAUAGACCUUUAGAUGAACCGAUGGUUAAGGAAACUCAAUAUAAAGUAAAACAACUAAUACAAGAACUACAUGAAAAUAAAAACAUUGAUGACAUGACAAAAACACCGAGCCCGCCUAGAAUUCCCAUAUUCUACACCCUAACUAAAAUUCACAAGCCUACACCAGUAGGUAGGCCAAUAAUAUCAGGCUGUGACGGACCAACAGAAAGAAUCUCAGCAUUUCUUGAUAGGCUGUUGCAACCUAUAGCACAAAGACAGGCUUCUUAUCUUAAAGACUCCACAGACUUCAUUAAUUUCAUAGAAAGCACAGAAGUCCCAAUGCACGAGAUCAUUGUUUUAAUGGACGUGGCAAGUCUAUAUACCAACAUUCCACAGGAAGAGGAGAUCAAAACUAUAUGCAAAGCAUAUGUUACUCACUACAAAGAUAAACCCCCGAUUCCAACACAGUCACUUGAACGAGCGCUCAGACUCAUUUUAAAAUAAAAUUCAUUCAAUUUUUAUGGAAAAAUUACCUCCAAACACACGGGACAGCGAUGGGAACAAAGGUCGCUGUUGCUUUCGCAAAUAUCUUCAUGGCGAAAGUAGAAACAGAGUUAUUAAAAAAGAGCGCAAUAAAGCCUAUCUGUUGGAAAAGAUAUAUAGGCGACAUCUUCUCUCUCUGGGGUACCGGAAGAGAACAAAUAACACACUUCAUUGAACAAGCAAAUAAUCACCACGCCACUAUUAAAUUCACAGCAGAAAUCUCUGAGGAAAAAGUCACAUUUCUGGAUACAAUUGUGUACAAAGGCAAACGGUUUAACACUACGUCAAUUCUCGACAUACGAACGCAUUUUAAACCCACUGAAACUUUCCAAUAUACUCAUUUCACGUCUUGCCACCCAUUAGGGGUCAAGAAGAGCUUUAUAAAAGGCGAAGCCCUCCGGUUACUAAGAACAAAUUCCUCAAAAGAAAACUUUCAAAACUGACUAGAAGAAUUCCAGAAGCACCUUAGAGAGAGAGGUUAUCCACGAAACUUAAUAACUCUAACUCUCUCUGAAAUACACUUUGAGAACAGGAAAGAAGCACUCCGACAAAAACCAUCAAGAGAAAAAACCAUUUUGCCCUUUGUCACGCAGUAUCAACCAUCAGUUCCCAGCCUUAAAAACAUUCUUAUGAAACACUGGCAACUGAUAGACAAACAACCUCUUCUUAGACAGAUCUACAAAGAACCUCCAAUUAUAUCAUACAAACGAGGAAGGUCUCUGAAAGAUAUACUCGUAAAAGCUGAACUCUGAGAUUUAAAGGCUAAAACACGUGAGUGGAAAGCGCGAGUCAGGCUUGUCAACCCCUAUGAUAUUUUAUUGUUUUCCAAGGGUCUAUUAGCAGCAAAGAAGGUCCCGGAUUUUUCUCUAUAUCUGUGUGAAGUCUAAAUUUACGAGUUUUUACUAUGUGGUUACGAGUGUUAUAAACUGACAUUGGCCUAUUACAUGAAAAAAAUGAUAUUUAUUGACUAACUUGAUAAAGAUAUUUCAACUUUAAUAUGCCUUGACAAAAUCGCUUUGUCCACUUCUGUUGUUUUGAAACUGUUGCAUUAUUAUUUGUCCCAUAACUUUUAAUUUUUCUGACCAUUACAUAACUUUGCAGGCUAGAGGAUGUAUGUGUAUUUGAAGGAACAAAAAUCAUACACAAUUCCUCUUAGCUUUUUGCUUUUCUUUGCUAUAUGUUUCAGAAAACAUAAUGGUAAUCUACUGGGCUCACGAUCACGCUUUUUAUCUCUCCAUGGCCUACCAAAAUUAACAUACUUUGCAUAGCAAGAUCUUGUAUCUUCUAUCACCUUUGUUGUUACCACAGAAUCACUGUAAACAUUUGCGGUCGAUUGAUUUCUUUUAUCUAAUACAUCACCUUCUUUAAACAUUGAAAUAACAACAGCCUUUGUAUAAACAUCUAAAUGCGACAUGAGAUGGUUGAUCACUAAAUACGCAAUUACAAUAAUUAAAGAAAGAUAAAAUCCACGAAAUUAAUACAACAGGGUAUUGUUACUUAAAACCUGGCAAUUAAAGUACUGAAUUCCCUUGUUGUUUCUUCUUCUAGAAGUCUGUUGUGUUUAACAGAAACACGCUGUUGAAUUUCACUGAUCCAGUUGCUAGUAAUGUUUGAGUACCCAACAGUUUCAAUUUUAACAGUAAAUAUAGAAGAUUCGCUUAGUGAUUCAAACACAGUAGGUAACUCACUUAAUAUACAAGUUUCUCAAUAAAAGAUUCACUCGGAACAGUUUGCUCGUAAAUGGGUCUCUCGUAUAGCUCAUGAAUUAUGCCACUUCCAAAAUGUACUCAAGCAAUCUUUUAUUGUGGGCUUACCAUGGACAGUGUUAACAUCCAUAUGUACAUUAACCAUAUUAGAACUAUGACAGCAUUUAUGUAAGCUUCAACCGAAGAUAGAUUGCUGGUCGCUUUGAGCUCCUCAGAAUGUACUCUGCUGAAGACUGCUGACCUAUUCUAUGCAUACUCUUAUAUCUCCCGCACACGCUGAACAUGCCAGAGUGCAAUUUGUGCCAGGAAAAACCGAGCCGAAUUUAUAACUGGGCUGUGCCAGAGGCAGCCCAGUAAAAAGCAAGAACAGUAAAGGCCCCAAAACUGACCCUUGCGGGACUCCAGAUGUUACAGGGAGGAAAUCAGAUGACCUGUUAUCUAUCAUGACUCUGUGUCUUCUACCCGAUAAAUAUGAUCUAAACCAAGCUAACAAGGAUCCACCAAUACCUAAGCGUUCAAGCUUAAACAUGAGUAUUUCGUGAGACAUAUGAUAAAAAGCCUUAGAAAAAUCUAAAAAAAAUAACGUCAACUUGUUGUCUCCUCUCAGGAGCGUAAGUGAAUUGAUGAAUAACUUGAGAUAGUUGAGACAGUGCAUUUUCCUGGUAGAAAACCAUGCUGCCAGUGGGUAAGAUGCGGGCAAAUCAUGUUAAAACCUGUCUUUCCAAAAUUUUAGAACAUCAAGAAGCGAAAUGCCACAGUAGUUUGAAACAAUUGUCUUAGACUCACAUUUAUGAAUAGGGACAAGAUUUGGAUCCUUCUAUUUUUCGGAAAAUGUCGCAAGCUCUGAGGACAAAUUGAAUAAUGUGUAUAACAAAGAUGAAAUUUCAUUAGCACAUGCAUGCAAUAACUUACUGGGAAGACCAAGAGAAGUAUUGUUAACGUCAAGUGAUUGAAGCUGUCAAAGAAUGUUGUUUGGGUUAAGGCACACUUCACAUAAUUCUCGUUUAACGCUGUAGUUGAGUCUGGGUAGACAUACAGCAGCACUGCUAGAGUCAGGUGGGGCAAAAACUGAGUGAAAAAACAGGUUAAAUAAACAAUCUUGAUCAAUAGGUCUGGUAGCCUGUACAGAUUCAUGUUUAAUUACCCCGCAAAUUCUAGAUGUUUGGUAAUCACUUUGUAAUAUGACCAAGAUUUGCGAGGAUUGUCCCUUUAGGAACAACUAAACUUAGUGAGGUGAUUACACUUUCCAAAUUUAACCAUUUUCUUAACCUGUUGUCUAAGUUCACAAAAUCGUUCCUAUAAAUUUACAGAAUCUUUUAACUUAGCUUUCCGCUGAGUUCUGUUCUUCUUUCUAAUUAGCAAUAAUACCUCUCUAUCAAUCGAUGGCGGUCUAUCUGCAUCUCUAUUGAAUGUCUCCUCAUCAACAUUGAACUGGGCAACACAAAAGGGAGCUAGGAGCAAAAUGCCAGUGUUAACUAUCUGAAUCUGCUGUUCUGUUUUAGGGGGAUUGUAUAAGUUAUGUAUCUGCACUUUAUGCAAGAAAAGACCAGCUUACUUUCCGAAAAUUAGACAAAAUGGAAACAGUGAAGCGUCAUUUAACUACAGUGUGAUAUUCAAACUAGGGCCAUACAUGUAUCUUUUGUUUAUAUUGUGGGCCAAUAUCAUCAGGUACGCAUAUUAUUAAGAAUGUGCUGAGAGAAGGAAACUCGUUUAAAUGUUGAUAUUCAGUUUUUAAUGUGACCACCUUCAGACAUCUUUCCAACUGUCUUUUUAAUGUAACAUGUAAAAUCCUGGAAUUACUGUGUAAGAACAGUUUGAAUUCAUUGAAUAGUUUUGUAGGAUGCUUUUAAUUACAAAGUUAAGUUUGUUAAUUGAAAUUAAAGAUUUCAUGAAAGUAGUCUUAACAAUUGUUGAAUUGUUUCCAUUCAGUGCUGGGGGAUCCAGAUCAGCAUACUCUCUGGUAACAGAGACCCUUACAGCUGAUUGAAGCAGUUGCAACUAAAUGCAAAGUGGUUAUUUUUCUUUUGCUAAAAACAACCUAACAUUUUAUAAUCAAAGUAAAAUAGUAAUAUAUGAAGGCCUGCCUGUUUACUGAUUGGACAUGUAUGUUGUAAGUGUUGGCGGUUCCAGCUCAAAACAUGAGCUUCUUUUAGAUCUAUACAGGCAAGUACGACAAUUGAUCACAAUGGCUGCGACAAGGUAAUACUUUCCUGCUGGCUGGAGUAGAAGUUUCGGUUUUUUUUAAAUCUAAGUAAGCAAAAUUCUGGCAGAUAUUUCCAAAGCUCUAUUCCAUGCUCACUCUGACUUUGCUUAUCUUUCUGUUGAAUUCUGUUCAUGGUUAGAUUGACUCCUGGGAAAGGUGCCAAGAUGUUGCAUGUAAUGGGGUAGGCUGGAUCUGGGUGCCUGAAUUCAUAAACUUGAUGUAAACUUUGAUACUGUCCACUCUUUCGUUGAGCUUUAUUGCAAGUGUUUCAAAGAUGUGAUCCAAUAUCUAGUUUAUGUAUAGUGCUCAACAACUGCACAAUGUCACCAAGUGCAAAUUUUUUGGGGGACACAUUUUAGCUGCCAUGUUAAUUUCCUUUAUUUUUGCGUUUUGAUUUAAAAAAAAAUUGGCAGAUGACUGAUGCCAAGUUGGAAAACAUUCUCUCAUCUAUGCUAAAAUCAAGCUUUGGCUGUCAUAUUUCAGCUGCUUAAGUAUGUUCAAUAAAAACAAUUGCUUAGUUAGUUAGUUGCUUAGUUGCUUAGUUGCUUCUCCAUCAGCAACAUGUAACUCAUUUUACCUGAAACUUUACGCAAUGUGUGGAGGUCCUUUGGCAUGUUUAACUUCUGAAAACAGUCCAGUGUCGAUCCACAUGAAAUCCAGGCAAUACAUUAAAUGGCUGUAUCGAUUGUGGAUGUCAUCCAUUAUCUAUGAUUCAAAGCCAUUUAGGGGACCUGGUCAAAACAACUGUAGUCUUCAGGGACCCACUAUGACCUACAGAGACUGGCGACUUCUUUUAUAGCCCCCCUCUCCUUCCCAAUAAAAUGGUUCCUUCUUUUUAUACUGCUCCCCCUGCUAUCUUAAAAGGAAUACAGCAAAAUUGCUUGAUACUGUUUGUGCAGCCUAACAGCUUCUUUCUCUGUUGCACCAGGAAUCUUUGACUUGGAGUGUGUUCUUUCGUAGAAAGACCAUUAAUUUCUUUCGGAAUAAAAGUUAUUGCCUGGGUCCCCACUCUUAACUCGAUGUGAAAUUCAAGGACUUUUGCAGGACUUCCAGAUUUUGCAACAAAUUAAAGGACCUUCUGUUUCAAGUAAAACUUACACUAUAUUUUUCCCCUUCCAGGAUUUUCGAAGACCCCAAGCAAUGAUUUUCAAGGACUUCCUUGGGCCUAUUCCUUUCCAGGAUUUUCAAGGACUGUGGGAUCCCUGUAUUUAA